AUGGAUUCGAGUUUGUUUAAUCCAACUCCAAGCCCUUCAGAGGCUCAUCCUGAGACAUUGGAUUUUCUUUCCAAUGCUUGGUGUAAUUUUGCAGUACAAGCUCUCCAACCUGAUAGUCAUCAUCAUGAUCACCACCAGCAACUGUUACCGUUAGAUUAUCACCAAUCAAUGGCUCUGAUUGAUCAGAAUCCCAUGAUCAUUAAGAAGAUCGAUACUAACACCAAGAGUUCCCCAUACAUGAGCACAAAGAUGGAAGAUGCUGAUGCCAAGUCUCUACCUCCAUGGAAAUCCAAUGAUGUUAAGUCAUGGAUAUGGAUGCAACAAGCCAUGCAUCCGGAAUUGAAUUACAACGGCUAUUUCAAAAAGAGAUGGGCAGUGCCGUUCAAGAACGUUAUAUCGAUCAAAAAAUGGCUGAAAGACAUAAAGCAGCGUAGGAAAGAGGAAGAGAGGCUACAGAAAGCGGAGGUCCACGCCGCCAUAUCGGUGGCUGGUGUGGCGGCGGCUCUGGCGGUGGUUGCGGCGGAGAAUUCUAAGAAGGACUCAAGCAACGCUAAGGAAGCGGCUGUGGCCUCGGCGGCUGCAUUGGUUGCAAGCCAAUGCGCCAAAGUUGCCGAAGCAAUGGGCGCUAAGAGGGAGCAGCUCAGCUGUGUCAUUGGCUCGGCUAUCACUGGAACCAACGCAACUGAUAUCUUCACUCUUGCUACUGCUGCUAAAACAUCACUGAAAGGAGCUGCUACAUUAAAAGUAAGAACAGGAUGCAAGAACAAAUUAAAUGGGGUUGCACCCAUUUUGCCUAUUGAGGAAAGUCAUGAGCUUGGUUUUGACUUGGAGACUUAUAGAUCAGUACUUGCAAAGGGUGCUGAGCUUGGUGUUGAAACUCCAGAUGGGGAUUUUUUGAGAAGAUCAGUGUCUGUGAUUCUAAGCAGUGAAGGAAAGGUAGUACUGCAGAUAAAGAAGCUCUCCCUGUUGAAAAAGAAGAAAGAAAGUAUUGUACUUGAUUUACAUGCUGAACUGUACAAGGAUUCAGAUGCUGAAGCUACCACUGAGACAUGUUAUCUUCUGGUUUUGACCACAAGCAAAGGGAUAUUCAAGUUAGAUAUGGGAGAUGAUUAUCAACGUUACAAGACAUGGGCAAAAACUAUUAGUCAAAUGCUGCUUCUCUCUUCUUCUAUCACUAAAUAUGAACAUCACUUCUAAUGUAAACUUCAGUGUAUAUUUUUUCCACUCUUUGAUUUGAUAAACAGUGUUGUGUCAAAUUCGAAUGUUAAAUUGUUCUUUGGUUGUGUAAUUAUCAUAAAUUAAAUGACAAUUUGUGUUUAAUGUGUGGCUAGUUUGUUGGCAUAUUGAUUUUACAGUUAUAUUGUAUCUUUGUAUUAUGAUAUCAUUUUGGACAAAGAAA